AUGAACGGUUCCGCCCCCCUCGCGCCCAGGAACGCGCAUCACCGCUACUCCGCCGACUUCAUGCCCAAUCCCGAACAUCCUCCACGCCUCCCAGCGGACGAAUAUGCUGCCGCUCCCAUGCCAGUAGCAGGAGCACCGAGACCUUUCGUCGGCAUGUCGCGAGACGCACCCGGCUUUGGACAGACGGGACUCCCCAGGAGUCCGCCCAAGAACAAGAAUACCCAGCAUGUCCCCUGCAAGUUCUUCCUGCAAGGCCAGUGUCAGGCUGGGAGGAUGUGCCCCUUCUCCCACGAUGCCGAGUCCUCCACGCGACCAGCUCCGUGCAAAUACUUCGCCAAAGGGGGCUGCAAAUUCGGCCGGAAAUGUGCACUCCUCCACAUCACCCAGGAUGGCACGGUGGUCAACCAGGGGCCACGAUAUGGUGCAGGCCCGGCUUUCGCACAACCUCCACCCCCUCCCCCGACAUUCGGACAACCGCAUCACCCGGGUCUGCUCUCCAUGCAAGCACAAGGUUUGGAUUCGCGGAGAACCCUCGACUCAGCACCGGAGCACGACGGCUACCAACACCCCCCACAAAUUCCAACCGACUAUCCCCAGAUCGACUUUGCUUACACUUCCGCAUCACCCCCGUACGGAUCACCGUUGCACGAAAACUACUUCGCACACUCGCCUCCUGCCAAAGGAUUAUCAGUGCUAGAUGCUCCCCUCCCAAGCUCCUUCGACAGCAACGGCAUCUCCCACGCCGCUCGCAAUGGCCCGUUCGCAGCCUCUGUCCCUUCUCGAUUCGGGUUGGAAUCGCCGCCGGCAUCGUUGCCUCGCAAGUCACAGCUUGGAAACACUGCGCUCCGAGAUCUGCACAGUUCGGCUUUUGGCGACCGCGGGAUGGAUGGGGUGCUCGCUGGCUCCUCGCCUCCGAGUGGAUCCGAUGAGCCACUCACAUUCUCUAAGCGGCCCCUGCACUCAGAGAGACUCUACGCACCAAGGCAUCAGAUCAUAUCCGCAAGCCUCGGGACCAGGCUUCCGGCACAGUCGUUUGAGUACUCCGACGACGAAGACGGCGAUGUUGACAGGGAGGAAGGUCUGCUGCCUGCGAGUUUGCGCGAGCUUAUCCCGGAAAGCAGAACGCGAGCACCUAGGCCUCGCGUGGAAGAUGGUAGCUCACCCGCCGCUUUCUUGGCCGCACAACGGCGCACACUUUCCGGACACGGCACACCACAAGAUAGCAAAGUCGGCAGCCCACACUCCUCCAGCCCGUCCAGAUUCUCGAGCAUAUUCAAUCGAAGCCAGGGAUCCAGAACCGACGAAGGCCACGUGGGCUCCCCGCUGCGCAACACCGGCCUGACCCUCAGCGGCGACCUCAGCCCCACAUUCGGCGGCAGUCCACCGCAACAAUCCAGCAUGAGUGCGCUCACUCAAGAGCUGCGCCGCACCAGGCUGGACGCCGUGCGAUCACAAACCAGCGCCGCUGCAGGUGGCGUCGGCAGAGCAUUAUCAAAUGGCUCCACGCCCCGCGCCAGUCUCGACCGCGCCGUCAGCGGAAACAGCGUGGGGCGCGAACGCAUCGAAGAGGAGCAGGAGCUGUUCGAUAUGGACGAGCUGGGCGGUCCGUCUCGUUCCGCGCCUAGGAAUAUCCCCAAGAACAGUGGCGGUGGGGCAUGGAACGCUGAUCGGCCUUCUGGGCUGUCGUCUGGAAACGGCGGAUCUUCCUUCGGCGCCAUUGGCGCGCACAGGACGGCGAAGUGA